GGACGAUGAAGAAGAAGGAAGGAGGACAAAAAAGAGAAAAAUGUAUGAAUGCAACCCGGCUGCUUCCCCCCUCCGGUGGUUCAAAUGGCCCAGUUUCAGGACGUAUCAAAGCAGUCCGAUCUGCACCCGAAGCCUGCUGGGUUGGUUUUGCAGUAUGGUACCGCUGGCUUUAGGACCAAUGCGAAACUGCUGGACCACAUCAUGUUCAGGAUGGGACUAUUGGCCACCUUGCGCUCCAAGAAGACCAAAGCCACCAUUGGAGUCAUGGUCACCGCAUCCCACAACCCUGAGGAGGACAACGGGGUGAAGCUGGUUGACCCCAUGGGGGAGAUGGUGACACUGACAUGGGAGGGCUACGCCACCCAGCUGGCCAACGCCGAGCAGGAAGACUUGCUCGCUGCCCUAAAGGACAUUAUAGAGAAGGAGGCCAUAAACAUGAGUCAGGAGGCUGACGUGUUUAUUGGCAAAGACACCAGAAGCAGCAGUGCGAGCCUUUCAAAGGCGGUGCUGGAUGGGGUAUCUGCACUCGGUGGUCACAACAAAGACUAUGGUUUGGUGACCACCCCGCAGCUCCACUACAUGGUGUGCUGUCAGAACACUCAGGGUAAAUAUGGAGAAGCCACAGUGGAAGGAUACUAUAAGAAAUUCUGCCAAGCUUUCAUUCAGCUCACAAAGAAUGCGUCCAAUUGUACGGACGACCAGAAACACCUCUCUGUGGACGGCGCUAACGGUAUUGGCGCCCUAAAAUUGCGCGAGCUGGAGAGUCACCUGAAGAAGGAGCUGCACAUAUCGCUGUUCAACGACGGCAGUACAGGAAAGCUCAACCACCAGUGUGGGGCUGACUUCGUCAAAGUGCAGCAAAACCCUCCAACAGGCAUGAAGGUUAACUCAGGGGAGCGUUGCUGUUCCUUUGACGGUGACGCUGAUCGAAUAGUUUACUACUACACGGACUCUGAAGGACAGUUUCACCUGCUGGAUGGAGAUAAAAUCGCGACUCUCAUCAGCACUUUUCUUAAAGAGCUGCUCACGCAGGCUGGUCUAGACUUGGAGAUCGCAGUGGUGCAAACUGCGUACGCGAACGGGAGCUCAACAAACUAUUUGGAAGACACGAUGAAGGUGAUCUUGAGGUGUACUAAAACUGGAGUGAAGCACCUUCAUCAUGCAGCCCAGGAGUUCGAUAUCGGCGUGUACUUCGAGGCCAACGGUCAUGGAACGGUGUUGUUCAGUAAGGCGGCGGAAGAGAAGGUCCAGCAGCUGGCUGAGGACUCCAGCGGCGAGAGGAAGAGAGCAGCUCUCCUGCUGCAGAACACCAUCAACGUCAUCAACCAGACGGUCGGUGAUGCCAUUUCUGACAUGCUGCUGAUCGAAGCCAUACUAGCCAUCAAGGGAAUGACAAUCCAGCAGUGGGACGCCAUCUACGAGGACCUUCCGAACAGGCAGCUCAAAGUCAAGGUGUCAGACCGCAGGGUGAUAGACACCGCAGACGCAGAGAGACGGGCAGUGAGCCCAACGGGACUUCAGGAGGCCAUCGACGGUUUAGUGAAGAAGUACGGUCGGGCCCGCUCCUUUGUGAGACCCUCCGGCACCGAGGACGUGGUCAGAGUUUACGCCGAGGCAGACACACAGGAGAGCGCUGACGCCCUCGCACAUGAAGUCAGCCUCGCGGUUUACCGUCUCGCCGGCGGAGUGGGGGGGGAACCCAAACCUUCGCACUAGAAACAUAAAUGCACAAUCGCACAACACUGACUCAUCAUUAUGUGCUUUAAAAAAAAAUGCAAUCCCAGUAAACAAUUUUUUUUUCUUAAGUUGUAAUCAAGAUUGCUUCUUUUUGGUGGGGUGCCAAAUAAUUUAGUACUAUUAAUUGCACGUCACUUUAUUUCUUUGUAUUUAUCUGUCAAUGUGAAGAUUUGGGACACUGGGGGAGACAAUGGAGGGAUUCUAUGCUACUUCAAGGAAUGCUUCUCACUACAUGCCUGUAAAUCAUGGGUUUCUAUGUACUGUAAAUAAGCUGCUUUACUUUAUAUAUGCCAUAAUUAAAACAUUGUCUCCACGAACAAAUUAAGGAAGUCCUAAUGGUGCACUUUUGGUUAUUAUGUAACUUCCUAAUAAAUGGGAUCUUUGACCGGGUACUGGAUGUAAUUUCAAAAAUAACACGUUUACAUGUGGAUAGUUGUCUGUUGGAAAGCCUUUGCUACUUUGGUUUAAAUAAAUAUUGGAAAAAAAAUGUG